GAAGAAGAAGAUCCAAAAGUGAUCAACACAUUGGCACAAUCAACUCGGGGGUUGGAUACAGUGAUUGUGGUGGGCUCCUCUUUAGACUCUCACUGAGGGAGAGAUCAAAGAUUCAAGUCUCGGGCUUCCCCAAUCUCAAAGGGUGCUUACUGUUAAAAAAAAAAAAAAAAAAAAAAAAAACAGAUUGACACAAGCACGUUGCAGAGUUUCCAAGUCCCCAACCAUGUUGGAAAAUCAGUUAGUGGGGCCCAUUUUCUUAGGCCUAUCAUACCCCCAACUGGUUUGUGCCACCACCCCAUGCAUGUUCCUUAAAUUUUUAUUUAUUUUACAGUCUCAAAAUUCAAUUCCAGGCAUAAAAAAAAAAAGCCCAUUUCUCUCAAUUAAUGUCUCUGCAUUUGAAUCAAUAAAACAACACAUUUUGAUCUGAAAACAACAAAUUAUCCCAAGUGGGAAAUGGAGGGGAGAUCUUUGGAGGAAACCCCAACAUGGGCUUUUGCCACAGUCAUCACUGUGCUGGUUUCUCUUGGCUUCUUCUUUCACGUCUCUUUGAAACAAUUUGGAAAGUGGUUGGACAAGACUCGGAGGAAAUCCCUCCUUGCAGCUUUGGAAAAGAUCAAAGAAGAGCUAAUGCUUUUUGGAGUUUUGUCACUUUUGAUGGGUCAUUGGAUUGUUGUUGUGGCCAAGAUUUGUGUGAAAACCUCUGCUUUGAGCAGCAAAUUUUUCCCAUGCGCAUUAGAUGGCCAAGUUUCUUCAGUGGAUGAUUUUCUUGUUUCAACGUCAGAGUCUGUUAAUAAGUCGGUUCCCAGAAAGCAUUUUGCAGUUCAUGAAUAUUGUUCUCAGGGUCACGAAUCUUUUGCCUCCCAUGAAAGUCUUGAACAGCUUCAUCGUUUCAUAUUUGUUCUUGGCACCACACAUGUUUUCUACAGCUUUGCUGCCAUUGCCUUGGCCAUGCUUAAGAUCUAUAGUUGGAGAGUAUGGGAAAAUGAAGCCAAAGUUAUAGCUAAUCAGAGCUUAGAAGACAGUCCAGAAGCUCUUCCAAACUGUGCAAGAAUGAGAAGAAUGUCUACUUUUAUUGACCACCAUACAUCCCAUUCAUGGAGCCAACAUAAGUUUCUUGUUUGGAUGCUUUGUUUUAGCCGCCAGUUCUGGAGCUCGAUAAACCGAUCGGAUUACAUGGCUUUGCGAUUAGGCUUCAUCACUACUCAUCAACUUCCUUUGUCAUAUGAUUUCCAUAAUUAUAUGCUUCGGAGCAUGGAGGAAGAAUUUCGUGACAUAGUGGGAAUUAGUAUUCCUCUCUGGAUAUAUGCCAUUUGUUGCAUCUUUCUGGAUUUUCAUGGAAGCAACAUUUACUUUUGGCUUUCCUUCCUCCCUGCUAUUUUGAUCCUGCUUAUUGGUACUAAACUUCAUCGAGUGGUGGUAAAACUAGCCGUUGAAAUCAUGGAUAACUGUCCAUACAUGGAAAAUCGCCGGUUUAAGCUGCGGGAUGAGCUCUUUUGGUUUGGAAAGCCAAGGCUUCUAUUGCACUUGAUACAACUAAUAUCCUUUCAAAAUGCGUUUGAGAUGGCAACUUUCAUUUGGUCCCUGUGGGAAAUUAAGGAGCCUUCUUGUUUCAUGGACAACCGUCGAUUCCUCGCGAUUCGCUUGUCGUUCGGGGUGAUCUCACAGUUCUGGUGCAGCUUCAUUACAUUCCCACUCUAUGUUAUCAUCACCCAGAUGGGAUCUAGGUUCAAGAGAACUGUGAUAUCAGAAGGUGUGAGAAGAUCAUUAUCUGGGUGGAAGAGAAGAGUCAAGGCCAGGCAUUCCACGCCACAUACAACUCCACUUCUUAGUUCAACACCAACAACGACAACAACUACUACGACAUCCUCGGAUUCUGUGCUGAGUGGGACCCACAGGAGUGACGACUUUGCCUCAACUAGCACAGAAGGAAGCUCCUCGGGAGUCCACAACACAAGUCAUGGAAUUGGAAUGUCUCGUCAAUUUCCAUUCUUUGGAAGUCCUCUCUACGACAGUUUCAGCAGUAACGACAGUGAAAUACGACAUCGUAGUGUUAACAACAAUGAUGCUACGUCACCUUAAGCUCCUUAUUAAGAGCAUUAAUCAAUACUAAAGAUUACUUUUAUGAAGAAAUUAGAGACAUAAUAUACAAAAUAUUUUGGUGAAAAACAUGUUGCUUGUCUCUAAACGAGAUGGCAUUUUGUCUCUGAAAGAUUGCUAUUUAUCAUGCGAAAACGGCACCUUUAGAAACUACGUGUCGUUUCUUACCGUGAUGUUCGAAA